GUUCUGUCCCUUUUUUUGUGCCUCCAUCCCAUUUUCUUUUACCCCAAUCUCGCCGUCGCCGGAAUCCGUUGCCACCGGUGUAUUUAUUCCUGUAACGAGAGUCUCCGGGUUCUGUUCCUUGGUCCCAAAAUGUCUCUCCGGAGGCCUCCUGUCCCGCGGCUUCUGCUGAAAAACGUCUCGUGCAUGAGAAACGCCCAACAGAUUCUACGGCACGUGAAUGUAUCUCUUCACGACGGUGGCGCCCUUGUGUUGACAGGAACCAAUGGUUCUGGUAAGUCGACUUUCUUGCGGAUGUUGGCCGGAUUCUCAAAGCCCUCGGCUGGCGAAAUCCUCUGGAACGGUCACGACAUCACAGAUUCAGGAGUCUUCCACCAAUACAAGCUCCAACUCAACUGGCUCUCCCUCAAAGACGCCAUCAAAGACAAAUUCACAGUACUCGACAACAUUCAGUGGUUCGAAAUCCUCGAGGGGAAGAUGGGGAAGUCAUUGCCCGCUUUGGAGCUGAUGGGUCUCGGGAGAUUGGCGAAGGAGAAGUCGAGAAUGCUUUCGAUGGGACAGAGAAAACGGGUUCAGAUCGCGAGGUUGCUCGCUAUUGACAGGCCAAUAUGGCUUUUGGACGAACCCUCGGUGGCUUUGGACGACGACGGAGUGAGAUUGUUGGAGUAUGUAAUCUCGGAGCAUCGGAAGAAAGGCGGUAUUGCGAUCGUUGCGACCCAUCUGCCGAUCGAAAUGGAAGACGCUAUGAUCUUGAGGCUUCCUCCGAGGUUUCCUCGGAAAAUGACACUGGUGGAUAUGCUUGAUCGUGCAGAUAUUUCAUAAGCCGAAAGUGACGAAGUCCAAUUCAAAGGGAGAGCUUUGCAUAUACCCGAGAGCGAUGGUCAUAGUUUCACUAACCGGAUGUAUUUGUAGUAAACCGAUCUGAUUUAAACCGGGUUAAGCUCAGAUUAUUGCCUUGUAACGUUUAGUUAAGUGAUUGGCGAUCAGAAUCUCCAAUGGCCUCUUAAACU